CCCAAAGGCUUGGGUGGCAGGCUAACUCAUCCAGUUAUCGUCAUUUCUGCAACCUCCAUCGCCAGUGAUUCUCCACGAUAUCAACCAACAACACAGUAACGCCACCACAACGAGAGCUGGUAGCACGCACAGGCAAUUGCAGAGAGGAACUUUGAGCAGCACAAGGCUCAAGGUACGUUCUUACACAAAACCGCAGACCAUCCAUCUUUGUCGCUCUAUUCAUCAUGGCGUACCCUCCCCCUCCAGGCAUCAACAACCUCCCCGCGAGACCCCCAGCCUCCAAGUCUGGUUUCAAACCAGCUUUCACUCCCUCGACCCAGGCCGCCGCACCCUCAUACGCCGCGCCCUCCUACGCCAACGCGCCUCCCUCCUACGCAGGGCCCUCGAGCUACUCGGCCGCACCCGCCGCAUCAGCCACGCAAUAUGGCUCGUCCUAUUCCUCCUACCAGAGCGGCCCCGCGCCCGGCGGAGUAACGUCGUACGCGCCGCAGCAGCAGAUGCAGACACAGGCACAAAGCUACGGACCUCAAAGCGCGGGACCUCAAAGCUACGGACCCCAGAGCUAUGGCGCUCCCCAGAUCCGAAACCCCUUCCCCAUGCCGGGUACUGGCCCUGCCCAGAGCGACUACGACCCCGACAUGGCGGCCCAGAUUGCGCAGUGGCAGAGCGCCUACGUGAGCAGGGAUCCCAAAGACGGCAAGCCCAGCACCGACUCGCCAAAGCCAGAGCCCCAACCCGCCGCCGUGUCCAACAGCACCGAUCGCAAGAAAACCGUUGUCCGCGAGGGCGGCGGCAAGAAGUGGACCGACGACACGCUCCUUGAGUGGGAUCCCUCACACCUGCGUCUCUUCGUGGGUAACCUUGCUGGUGAAACAACUGACGAGGCCCUCCUCAAGGCCUUCACACGGUGGAAAUCCGUCCAGAAGGCUCGCGUCAUCCGCGACAAGCGCACUGCCAAAUCCAAGGGUUUCGGCUUCGUCAGCUUCAGCGACGCCGACGACUUCUUCCAGGCCGCCAAGGAGAUGAACGGCAAGUACAUCCAGAGCCACCCGGUCGUGAUCCGAAAGGCCAACACCGAGAUCAAAGUCUCCAAUGCCAAGGACAAGGACAGGGGCAAGAAGCACAACAAGAAGAAGGGCGGAAACGGGAACGGGAAUGGUGGUGGUGGUGCUAGUGGCGGUUACGAGCCCAGCCUGGGUCCCGUUGGUGGUGGGGGAGUGACCAAGCCUGGUCAGAAAACAAAGAAUGGAUUACGGUUGUUGGGUUAGGCGGCGAUGAGAUGGGAUGGGGCACCCAUUGUUGUUUUAUCUCGUGGCGUUUGGCGUUGGGAUCGGCUCUGGCAUACCCGGCCCGGAGAAUAUAAUUUAAAACAUAGCAACAGACUGCACGGCACUGGCAGACUGGUAGAAAGACUGGACAAUGGAGAACAUAUAUUAUACGCA